GUUGUUGAGUUGUUGAGUUUAACGAUAAUACCGCGCUACUCAAGAUGUUGCAACACUUAUCAAAAUUGGUGACUCUGGCUGCGAUCCUUCCACUGAUCGUCGCUCAAUGUGAUAACCCGCCAACCGGGGCCGAUCCCCGGGCAUGCUGCAACUGUCCACGGGUGCUGCCCCCACGGGAUCAGUUCGUGACCUGCAUGCAGAAGAUCCCGAUGCCUUCUGGACCUCCACCAGCACCAGGAACUCCGCCUCCCGGUGCCAAUUGCAUGGCCGAAUGUGUGCUGGAGCAGAUGGGAAUCAUCACAGGUGGAGCGCUCAGUAAGGAUGCUGCUCAGUCGAAGGUGAACUCCAUCAUGGGAUCAGCACCCGAAUGGGUGCCCAUUGCCCAGAAAGUGGUAGACUCGUGCUACGCCAAGGUGUCCGGUAAGCUGUCGGAGAAGGAUAGCAAUGGGUGCAGCGUUGCAGCGGGAUCGUUCAUGGAGUGCCUGCCGACCGAUAUGUUUAUCAAUUGCCCCGCUUCGUCCUGGACAGCGAGUGGAGAAUGUGAAGCCAUCAAGACGUAUCUCAACAAGGGUUGUACCAUCAUGGGACUUAUGCGAGGACCACCGCCAUUCUAA